AUGGCAUCCCUCUACGGCGCCUACCGCAGUCUCCCGCUAUCAGCGUCGAUACCGCUGACGAUAGCGCUUAUCAUCGCCUUCGCCAUCGCCCAGAAUGUGGUAUCGCAGCUCUGGUUCCCGGAUCGCAAACGGCCGCCCGUCGUCUUCCACGUCUUCCCCUGGAUAGGCAGCACGGUGCAGUAUGGCAUGGACCCUUACAAGUUCUUUGCCGAGUGCCGGGCCAAGCACGGCGACUGCUUUACCUUCAUCCUGCUGGGCACGCCGCACACCGUCUAUCUCGGCGCAAAGGGCAACAACUUCAUCCUCAACGGCAAGCACUCGGACCUCAACGCCGAAGAUAUCUACGGGAAGCUCACGACGCCCGUCUUUGGCAAUGGCGUGAUCUACGAUUGUCCAAACGAGAAGCUGAUGGACCAGAAGAGACUCGUCAAGGAGGCCUUCACCACCAAGGCUCUCCGCUCUUACAUCCCCAAGUUCGUCAAGGAGGUCGAGGACUACGUGCGCACCUCGCCCAACUUCAAGGGCCAGUCCGGCACCUGCAACAUCACAGAGGCCCUCGCCGAGAUCACCAUCUACACGGCCACCGUCUCCCUGCAGGGCAACGAGGUGCGCUCCAAGUUCGACGACACCUUCGCCACGCUCUACCGCCACCUCGACGACGGCUUCCAGCCCAUCAACUUUGUCGCGCCCUGGCUGCCCCUGCCGCAGAACCGCCGCCGCGACCGCGCCCGCCAGGUCAUGGAGGACCUGUACAUAGAUAUCAUCCGCCGCCGCCGCCAUCGCGCCAACGCGGGCGACCAGCAGCAGCACGAUGAGGAAGAAGAGUCCGACAUGAUCGCCGCGCUCAUGGACGGGCAGUACAAGGACGGCACCACGCUCUCCGACCUGCACGUCGCGCGCCUCAUGAUCGCCAUGCUCAUGGCGGGGCAGCACAACACGGCCGCCAGCGGCGCCUGGGUGCUGCUCAACCUCGCGCACCGGCCCGAGCUGGUCGAGGAGCUGUGGCAGGAGCAGCUCGCCGUGCUGGGCCCGGGGGCCGAGCUGACGCUCGAGGGGCUGGAGAGCCUGGCGCUGAACAAGCAGGUCAUGAAGGAGACGCUGCGGCUGCACAGCCCCAUCCACUCCAUCCUGCGGGCCGUCACGGCGCCGAUGCCCGUGCCCGGCACGGACUGGGCCGUGCCGAGGGGCCACGUCGUGCUCGCGUCCCCGGGCUUCAUGGCGCGCAGCGAGGAGGUCUUCCCGCGGCCCAUGGUGUGGGAUCCGCACCGGUGGGACGGCGGCGCCGGGGAGGAGGAUAAGGAGGAAGGCGAGGUUACGGGGCCGACGGUCAACUACGGCUUCGGCGUCAUGUCCAAGUCGGUCACCAGCCCGUACCUGCCGUUCGGCGCGGGCCGGCACCGGUGCGUGGGCGAGAAGUUUGCGUACGUGCAGCUGGGCGCGACGCUGGCGACGCUGGUGCGCCUGCUCAAGAUGGAGCAGGUCGAUCCCGAGGCGGACGUCCCGGCGACGGAUUACUCGGUAUGCUCCUUUUUGCUUAGCAUUCAGUACCUUUUUGCUCCCUUCGAGAGAGCGCUUGCUAAUGAACGAUGUUCACACACAGUCGAUGUUCUCGAGGCCGAUGAACCCUGCUUUGAUCAGGUGGCAUCGCCGGUAAAGGAGAAGUGGGUUUUCUUGGUCCGGCUACGGUAG